AUGUCCACGUUGAUACCGUUUCGCGACAAAGGCAUGCCACCAGUGCCAGCAACAGCUUCGAUGUACCACCACAACCCCCUUCUCUAUGUGGAACGCCAGUCUAAACACAUUCAGCGGAAUCUUCAAACUUUGAUUGAUGCUCAAAGUGAGGGUCUGUUGGCUGGUCUAGCUCAACAACAGCCAGAUGAUACUUCUGACGGAAGCUUCACUCCUACCUCCUCGAGGGUUAGUCGGUCGCGUUCUCCGUCCACUAUACCGGCUAGGCAGCCGGUGCCAAAGAAGAUCGGGCUCAAGGCUGCUCGGCAAGGUAUUUUCCAGUCCAUCUAUGACCUUUUAAAGCUGCGAGAAGAGGAGCGAGAGAUCCUGUCCUCCCAAACAGACGAGAGAGAUAAUGCCCUUCAUGAAAUCCAGGGAUUCACCACGAGAAGGAGUGGGUUGGAAGAAUCCAUCUCCAACAUUCAUAACAACCGAGACAAUCAACGAGCUAAACACCUACAAGAUGAGGCCCGAACUCUCGAAACUGACAUCCACGAGCUGGAAACCAAACUGUAUGAGAUGAAAGCUCGGCAUCGGCAUCUCGUCGGACAGAUUUCUCAUAUUGAGAAUUCCGUCGAGGCUAAACUAUCAUCCUAUAACGAAUCCCUAUCUCUCCUCCAGAAAGACGUCCAAACUUAUCUUCGCGAUCCUCCCGUCCAACCUAUCUCGCAGCGCAAUAAUGGCCAGUCUCCAUUCUACACUCUGAACCCCAAACGCCGGACUCUUGAGAUGGCCCAAGAGCAUUGGAAGUCGGAGCAAGAGAAUCUCCGUGAGAGACAGGAGGAGGUAGACACGGAGAUUAUGGCUCUAGAGGAAGGUGGCGGGGUCUGGAAACAGGCCAUCGCUGAUAUCUCCAAUUUUGAGAAACAUCUCAGAGCCAGCAUGCGGCAAUAUAUACAACUGGAUGCCGGCUCCCACGAUGACAGCGCUACGGAGUCCAAAGCAGAAGUUGCUACAGGCGUGGCUAAGGAUUUGGAAAAAGUCACCCAAGCGCUUGAGGUUCAUUUGGAACUGGCCGAAAGCAAAGAUUGGAAAUUACUUGUUUGUUGCCUUUCAGCAGAAUUGGAGGCUCUCCGAUCAGCGCAUGAACUACUUCUUCCAGCUUUUGGCCUGUCUGUCUCCGACGAGAAAGGCAAGCAGGCUUUGUCGGCAUCCCCAGAUGCGGAAUCUGUCACCAAGGCUGUAGAUACGCAAGAGGAGAACGAGACCUCGGAGUAUGAGAAUGACCUCGAGCCCCCCGCUGAUCUCCUGAAAGAUGCCGAAACCACUCUUACUGAUACCGCAUCACGGUCUGAAGAUGAUGAGCCGGAUCCAGCUUGGUUACUGCCGGGAUCUUGA